AUGGUUGAAAAUAUGUUCACAAUCGAAAUUGCGAUGCUAAUAGCAUUCGCGGCAUGUUACUUCAUCUACCAAGCCCUUUUUAAACGGAGUAACAUGCCCGACCUUGUUAUCGCUGGCGCAAAAAAGGGCGACUGGUUCCCCUACUUGCAGGCCAAAUUACGCAAUACUACUGAUGGUCAAAAAGCCAUCUUUUCGGCAUACAAGGAAUGGCCCGAAAAGCCAUACGCUUUACCAUGUUUCGGCUCACCUGCAGGAAUGGUGGUCCUGCCAAAAAGUUGGAUUAAAAAUAUCAUAUCCCAGCCGGACCACGUCCUCAACUUAUGGGAUAUUGGUGUCGAAAUGCUGCAACUCGAUUACGCGUUUCUCGACAAAAGAUUUAACAGUCCACCUUUACACAUCAACCUCAUCGCCAAAACCUUAACAAAGAAUUAUGGCAAUUUAAUCCCUGAUAUGGUGGAGGAGGCAAACCUGGCUUUCACCGAGCAAUGGGGUCGGUCCGACGAAUGGACUUCGGUCAAGGUUUACGAUACAGUACAAAACAUGCUAGGAUUGAUCACAAGCAGGGUUACGUACGGCUUACCCUUAAGCCGUGAUCCAGAGUUGAGAAAAGUGACGAUGGAGUUUGUUCAGAGGUCAUUUGUGACCGGUUUAAUGCUAUACAAUGUGUGGAAACCUAUCCGACCACUAGUUGCAUUGUUGGCUACACUGCCGCACCGCUUGUCGCUAUACAAAUUUCGAAGACUUAUCGUGCCCGAAGUUAAGAAACGGCUUGCCGAUUCGAACCGCGGCGAGAAAAAGGAUCAACAAAACGAUUUUAUAAACUGGGCGAUUCAACAGGCCGAAGAAUUCGAGGAUCCAUACUUUUCCAAACCGGAAGUGUUGGCUAGCCGUGCCCUAUUUGCAAACUAUGUUUCAAUCCACACAUCGGCUUUCAGUCUUACACAUGCUGUUCUGGACUUAGCCACAGCCGGACCCGAGGUACAGGAAGAGAUGCGGCAAGAGGUUGUUUCGGUGCUCGCUUCGUGCAACGGCGAAUGGAGCAAAAAGGCAUUGGCCAAAAUGUAUAAGAUUGACUCUUUACUGCGGGAGUCAGCGCGUCUUGAUACUUUUAUGAGCGUCGCCGGCAACCGCUACAUCACGGCCCCCGAAGGGCUGGCGUUGCCCAACGGGCAAACCCUGCCCAAAGGCACCCCGAUCAUGUUUCCGGCUGCUCCUGUCAUGCUCGAUGAGAUCUACUAUCCGAACCCGCUCGAAUUCCAGCCGCUGCGGUUUGUUCCAAAGGCCAAUAACGAGGACGACGCCGACGAUGAUAUGGGCACCCAAGAUGAAAGGCGCGCGCGUACAGCCUUCUCAUGCACUUCUGCCGAGUACAUGGCAUUUGGUCACGGCAAACACGCCUGUCCGGGAAGGUUCUUUGCUGCAGCCGAGCUCAAGCUCAUGCUUGCCCACCUCCUGCUGGAGUAUGAACUUGAAAAGAUUGACGAAAGGCCGGUGGGCACGUGGUAUGGUAUAAUGAGAAUUCCGCCAAUAAGCUACCAGCUCAAGGUCCGGAGGCGCAGUCAGGUGUAA